AUGGCGGAGGCCAUGCCGCUGUCUGCGGCCGGCGACUGCGUCGUGUCACCGUUGAGGCCGCCGUUCCCCGUCAAGGCCGAGCCGGCGCCGACCCCCACUGAGCCCAUCGAGCGCUGCUCUUGGACCGGGGUGGUGCGCGUUAGCACGCCGCCGGUCUGGCUGGGGGCGUCAGCGGAGCAAGAGCAGGCGUGCUUCGAGCAAUGGUACCAGCAAAGGCUGGCUGAGGAGCACCGUGAGGGGGAGUACCUCGAAAUGCUGGAGCGCGACGCCGAGGAGGAGCGCCGCGAGGCGGAGGAGGAGGAGGAGUGUCGUGCUCGCGCUGGUCCAGCCCAGCCGGCAGCGGACAACGUCGCUAGAGCCUGGUCGACGGCAUUCCUGUGGGCUGGCCCGGCGCCGACGCUCAUCACCUCACCGGCCCCGACGCCGCCGCCGCCUUGGGAACCGCCGGCGGGGAGGCAGUUGAGCUACCACCUCGCCGCUGCUGUGAGGAGCAUCAACUGGACGUAUGCCAUUUUCUGGUCCAUCUCCACCGGCCCAGCGGGAGUUCUGGCGUGGAAGGAAGGAUUCUACAAUGGCGAGAUAAAGACGAGAAAGAUGACCAGCUCAACCACGACGACGGAGCCGAGAAGCCAGCAACUGAGGGAGCUCUACGAGUCGCUCUUGUCCGGCGGCAACUCCGACCGCCGGGCAAGGCUCUCGCCGGAGGAUCUCGGCGACGCUGAGUGGUACUACACCAUAAGCAUGAGUUACACCUUCCGGCCUGGCCAAGGGUUGCCAGGCAAAAGCUUUGCGAGCAAUCAACACGUUUGGGUGUACAAUGCUCAAUCCGCAGAUACCAAAACUUUCGAGCGCGCGCUCUUAGCAAAGACCGUGCCUAUUAAGACAGUCGUUUGCAUUCCCUUUAUGGGUGGUGUGCUCGAGCUCGGGACGUCGGAUCCGGUUUUGGAGGACUCGAACAUGGUGCAUCAGAUCGGCACAUCUUUCUGGGAGCUUCACUUACCAUCGUUCCCGGCAUGCUCGAAAUCAGAGGAGCCAUGCUCCAACCCAUCAUUAGCAAACGAAACCAGCGAGGCUGGCAUCAUGUUGGAAGACCUCGAUCACAACGCCAUUGAGGGGAUGAUCUCUGAGCUAAGGGAGGUCGAGUGCCUCUCUGACGUCAACCUUGAGUGCGUCACAAAGGAGAUGGAUGAGUUCCAAUUCCUCCUCGAGGGGCUGGACAGUUGUGCUCUCGAGGACAACUGGGUCAUGGACAGGUCCUUUGAGUCCAUUUCUUCCCCGCAAACGGUGUCGUCUAUGGACUACCCAUGCACGGAAGAUGUGAUCGUCACUUUAAGUAGCUCCGUUCAAGGUACUCGACCAUCCUGUUUUAUAGCCUGGAGGAGGUCACUGGAGUUGAAAGAUAUGGUUGUGCGGGUCACCGACACCGAGGAGUCACAGAAGUUGCUAAAGAAAAUUGUGGCUGGCGGUGCAUGGACGAACAAUGGUGAUGGUGGCAGUAUGGCAAGAGAUCGGGAAAGUAACAUCAAGAACCAUGUCAUAUCAGAGAGAAGGCGUCGCGAGAGGCUCAACGAGAUGUUCAUGGUUCUCAAGUCACUCGUCCCAUCCAUUCACAAGGUGGACAAAGCAUCAAUCCUCCUACAAACGAUAGCUUAUCUCAAGGAGCUGGAGCAAAGGGUAAAAGAGCUAGAAUCCAACAGAGCAACAAUAGAAUGGAGGCUCCAUGAUGUCGUAGGCGGGAAGAAGAAUGUCUCAGUUGGAUCCAAGAGGAAGGCAUUGGAAAGGGAGCAUAAUGAUGGCCAGAGCAACAUCGUCAAUGUGACCGAGAUGUAG